AGGGAGUCCAUGGAUACAGAUAUUGUUAUCUGAUUUUUUUAAGCGAUGGUAUACUGUUAGAAAAGAGUUCAUUGAGUAUGUUGUUGCUCGCAAUAAGAUGCUCACUAAUUGCAUGUACUUAUACAAUUCUCAUCAGCCAUUUUGUGUACAGAUACUUGGCUGUACUAGGAAGUAUAUUUAUUAAUAGAUUAUUUCCUUAUUUUAUGAUCGUUACUCUAUUAUUCUGUGUUAUUGCCUCAAUGUUUUGGAUUAUGAUUGCAUACUUCGUUGCGGUGCCAAACUUUGAAGUUCGACAUUAUAUCCAACAAAAUAUGUACGAAAUAUAUGGCGCCGACUCUAUAACUUUGAACUUUUUUGCACUACUUUAUCAGAUAAGGAAAAAAUUACAAUCCGAUCGAUAUAGAAUGAGCGCGGGGACUGCAAAAAUGCAACUGGAACUCCUUCGAUCUUUGGUAGUUCAGACAGUCAUUCCUAUCAUAUUUAGCUUAGCUCCAUGUAUGCUCAGCUGGUUUACACCAAUGUUCAAUUUGAAACUGGAUAAAUGGUUAAACUACACAUCUGCUGUUCCACUUUCAGCUUUCCCGUUUAUUGACCCAUUUGCCGUAAUAUUGUGCCUUCCGGCUUUUCGACGAAGAUUGUUGGGGAAUGCAAAGCCGAAUACGGUUGUAGUUUCGGUUGCAUCGGUUAUUUGAUCUCACAAUUACUGUUGAUACAAUAAAAUAAAAUUCCGAAAUUCUUUUAGUAUAAUUAUAACAACUAUUCAAAGAGAUUUAUUUAAUGCUUCACGAAAUAUUGAUGUAUUAGUUGUUUCUUCUUUUAACUCUAUAAAUUUUUUAAACCUAU